AUGCGCGAUGAAUCCCCUUCCCCCUUCGACGCCUCCAACCAUUUCCCCAAGGAGGUGAACCUGUGGAGGCUCAUGGGGGACUUCAGCCUCCACGACUUUACCGCGCCGGAGGAGUACGAGGGGAUGGGGCUGCAUCGCCAUGGAGGAGAUCAGCAGGGCCUCCGGCUCCGUCGGCCUCCCCUACGGCGCCCAUUCCAACCGCUGCAUCAACCAGCUGGUCCGUCAUGGCAGCCCUGCACAAAAGCACAAGUAUUUACCCAAGCUGAUGUGCUUUCCCAGAUUGUUAACAUUCUGAUCAGUGGGGAACAUGUCAGGGCGUUGGCGAUGAGUGAACCCAACUGUAAAUGUUAUUUUGGUUGCUGUUGUUGUACUGUUCGUUCUCAGUUCUCGGCAACAUUUUUCGUGCUGAUUCCUUCUGAUGAGUCGCGAAAUGUUGUUUAUGCAAAAACUGAUUUAGCUGCAGGAUCAAAAGGAAUAACCGCAUUCAUAAUCGAGAAAGGGAUGUCUGGGUAA